CUAUGUGCCCUGCGAUUGGCUGGUGGUCAGUUUAGAGCAUAACCCGCCUCUCGCCCGAAGAUAGCUGGGAUAGGCUCCAGCCCGCCCGCGACCUGCGUAAGGAUAAGCGGUUUGGAAAAUGGAUGGAUGGGUGUCUUCAAACUUGUAAGAAGUUAAUCGGCCUAUUUAUAGGGUGCCAAGUAAUCACUGUGCUGUUUGGUGACAUGGUGUGUACCACACUAAACAUGACUCACAGGAAGCAAAGGAGAGAGGUGUCUCAGGAGAUUAGAAAGAAAAUAUACACAAGCACGUUAAAGGCUAUAAGACCAUCUCCAAAGCAGCUUGACUGAAGUUGCAUAAAGGCCGAGAAUCAGAAUCUGCACGGGAUUUGACCUUCCUGGAUGUGGCCGCUGGAGGAAUAUUGGGGACAAAUUGAAGAGACUGACAAUACGAAUGGUAACAAAAGAGCCCAGAACAACAUGAAAGAAAUUAAAAUUGAACUCCAAGGUCAAGAUCGCUCCAACUGUCGUUGUUUGAGCCAAAUGGGACUUUAUGGGAAACCACCAAGGUAACCACUGUUGAAAAUAAAUCAUAAAAAAGUGAGACUGGAAUUUGUAAACUGCAUGUUGACGAGCCGCAAAGCGUCUGGAGGAAUGUCCAAUGGACAGAUGAGACAAAACUGGAACUUUUUGGCAAGGCACAUCAGCUCUGUUCUGUUCACAGACAAUAAAAAUGAAGCAUACGAACAUGGAGGAGGCUCUGUUAGGUUCUGUUCCUGCUUUAUUACAUCUGGCACAGGGUGUCUUGAAUCUGUGCAGGGUACAAUAAAAUCUCAAGACUAUUAAGGUAUUCUAGAGAGAAAUGCGCUGCCUAGUGUCAGAAAGCUAUGCUCUCAGUCACAGGUCACGGAUCUUGCAACAGGAUAAUUACCUGAAACACAGCUAAAAACACCCAACAAUGGCUUGGAGCAAAACUUUGGACUAUUAAGUGGCCUUCUAUGAGUCCUGAUCGAAAUCCUAUUGAACAUCUGUGGAAGGAGCUGAAACAUGCCGUCUGGAGAAAGAACCCUCCAAACCUGAGACAACUGGAGCAGUUUGCUCAUAAAGAGUGGGCCAAAAUACCUGCUGAGAGGUGCAAAAGUCUAAUUGAAAGUGAUGGUGAAUGGGACUUCCACUGGUGUGGUGUUGGCUGGCUCAAGGAGAAUUUGUACAUGGAGGAACAUGUAAGAGUCAACCAUUUUCGCAACCAUUACGAGCUGACGCGCAAAGACUUCAUGCUGAAAAAUCUGAAAAGAUUCAAAAAGAAUCUUGAAAGGGAGGCCAGCUGCACGGAGGGCUCUAAAUGUGAUUUCUUCCCCUGCACUUUUGCUCUACCUAAUGAGUAUCAUCUCUUUGUGGAGGAGUUCAAAAGAAACCCUGGUAGCACCUGGAUCAUGAAGCCGGCAGCAAAAUCUCAAGGGGCAGGCAUCUUCCUUUUUAAAAAACUAAAAGACAUCAUGGAAUGGAGGAAGCAUGAUGGCACCCGCUCCGAGGAGCAGAAAGAUGCAGCUCAAGUGGAAAGCUAUGUGGCGCAGCGCUACAUUGAGAACCCCUACCUACUUGGUGGGAGGAAGUUCGACCUGCGAGUCUAUCUGAUGGUCACAUCAUAUUUUCCCUUGAAGGCAUGGUUAUAUCGAGAGGGUUUUGCUCGCCUCUCAAGCACACGCUUCUCCCUUAGUAGUAUUGAUGAUAAGUAUGUCCAUCUCACUAAUGUGGCUGUUCAAAAAACAGCACCUGACUAUGAUCCUGAAAAAGGAUGUAAAUGGAAGAUACAGAAGCUCCGUAGGUACCUGACUGCAAAGCACGGAAGGCAGGUGGUGGAAAGUCUGUUCAAAGAGAUGGAUAACAUCUUCAUCAGUAGCCUCCAGAGUGUGCAGAAGAUCAUUAUAAAUGACAAGCACUGCUUUGAGCUCUACGGCUAUGACAUUAUGCUAGAUGAGAACCUCAAACCGUGGUUAAUUGAAGUAAAUGCCUCUCCAUCACUUGCACCUAGUAGUCAGGAGGAUUAUGACAUGAAGUACAGCCUGCUGGAAGACACUGUGAAUAUUGUGGAUAUGGAAGGAAGGUUGACUGGAAAGGAGAAGAGAGUGGGCGGUUAUGAUCUCAUCUGGAAUGAUGGGCCUGUCUAUAGCGAGGACGUUGAUCCAGAAAUAUUUGGCUGUUCAUCUUUAAAAGCCAACACAUACUUGGGGUGUGCAAAUGACAGAGAACACCAACUAAAUACACUUGUGAAACUUUUUCCCGGCCAGAAGAGGAUAUGAACUUGUCAGUUUGAUGUUGGACCACUAAAUAACUUUCUUCAUGACCUCACUUGUAACAUCAGUCUCAAGAGUUGGCAUUGACGCUGCUUUUUUUAACUGGACCUCAACUUCAUGAGGUUGAUUCCUUCUUUCUGUCGUCAGCAUUUAUUCGACUAUUUGUCAUGGUUUGUGUUUGUUUCAAGUUUUCCUGUCUCCCAUGUUUUUCAUGUCAUGUAUGCUCAUUUAGUUAUUGUCUCCACCUGUUCUCGUCAACCUACCUUGUCGACCAAUCACUUCCCUCCAGCCACUCAUGUUUUGUCCAGGUGUUCCCCGUUGUCCCGUUAAUUUGUUUGUAUUUAGUUCACUGGUUUCUUUCAGGUCUUGUCAGUUCAUUGUCAUGUCGAAGGUAAUCUUGUCUCACCCCAUGUUUCCAUAUCCUGUCAUGUUGAUUAGCGGUCAGUAUUUUGGUUUCCAUGUUUCUUUGUUACUUUGAUUAUAGAUUUUUGGACUUUGUUAAGUUAGCAUUUAUAGUUUUUCCAUGUACCUUGUUUGCCAUCUUUAUUUUUGGAAUUAAAUCUCGCUUGUGAGACUC